GUAACAUGGCUCUGAUUUACACGCGAUUUGGGACACACACACGUGACCUGAACAGGACAGAGGCUGGUCCUUCAUAUUUUAGUCACACGUUGUGACAGACUGCAGCGUAGCAAAGUAUUUAUUGCUCCAUCUGUGUUACAUUUUUACCCGUUUUUAGACUGUUUCGUGUUUGUGUUUUUCUUUAAGAAUUGAUUGCAAUUUUAAGUACCAUUUAUAAUCAAAUAUUUUAAACGACUAUUAACCAUGGUUUUAAGAUUUUGUUUACAUCUAGUCCACAACAUUCAAAGUAUUUGCUAAUGUAUCAACGCGCCUUCUAGGACAGCUAGUUCUGUGAUACCUUUUUUUUUUAUACUUCGCACUACUUUUGGAUUUUAUUUGUGCCUAGUUCUAAGUAUCUGCCAUGAGUGACAAGGAAAAUAUUCCCCCUAUAGGGACAAGACCUCUGACGCAAAGUACCCCCAUAGGAGGAUCGCCAGCACGUGUAGAUCCAGAACGGCAAUAUAGAAAUACAAUGUAUCUAUUGCAAAUCAUGACGCCGGCCUUUCUCAAAACGAUCAAAGAUCUAUUUCAAGGAGAUGACAUUGCAAAACAGAAGCAGCUUAAUGCUGUUAUGUCAACGUAUAUGAAGUAUCUGGAUUUCCGGGACUUUGAUGGUAAUUAUGAAACGAUUGACUCCUUGUACUGUGCCUUGAGGAGCAUUAUCAAUCGAGUUACUGAUACGAGACACGACCAAGAAGUCGACCCUUUUGAACAACAGUUUGCCGAGAUCGACAGGAUGGUCUUGAGUAGCCUAGGUCUAGACGAGCAAAGCCAAGACGAUGAACCGCCACCCAUGCAGUGUCCGCCUGGUCAGCGGGAUCGACUUGGAGAGCUUUCAAACAAUCAAGUAGCCGGACCAAGCCGUGAGAAGUUCUUGAACUAUCUUUCUCGUCAAAAUUUCAUGCAGUGUCCACCUAAUGUCCACCCUGGUCAUAAUCGCAUCGAGAGGGGUGAACACGCAAGACCACAGUACAAUGAUCAAGUAGCCGGACCAAGCCCUGAGACCGUCUCGAAUGAAUGCUCUAAUCAAAAUUUAUUGGACUAUCCACCUUUGUUACCUAGUCAACAUAGAGUCGUACGGAAUUGCCUUGGCGAACUUUCAAACAAGCAAGCAGUCCGACCAAGCCGUGAUUCCAUCUCGAAUGAUCCUUCUCAUCAAAAUGCCAUGGAGUAUCCAUCUAAUGUACCUGGAAUGAAUCGCAUCGAGGCAGAUAAGCUUCGAGGAUCACCAAAUAAUAGUCAAGUUCCUGGACCUAGCCGUGAGCCCUACUCAAAUUAUCCCUCUCGUCCAAAUGGCAUGCAGUAUCCACCUGUCGUAUCUGAUCAGGAUCGCAGCGUGAGAAAUCAUUUAGGCGGACCAAACAAUGAUCAAAGAGUAGGACCAAGCACUGAGCACUUCUCAAACGAGCGCCCAGAUGUCCAGCAGAAUCCAGCUCUAGGACCUAGUCAGAAAGGCGUCGUUAGAGAUCAAUUGGGCGAACCUUCGAAUCAGGUACCCGGCCCAGGCCGUGAGCAAAUCUCGAAUGUUACUUGGUUUCAAAAUGUUCAGCAGUAUCCUCAUAUCAUGUAUAGACAGGGUCGCAUAGUGAGUGGUCAAUUUGGCGGACCAGCAAAUAAUGAUCAAGCUGCUGGACCAAGCCGUGAGUUUUUCACGAAUGAUCGCCAGCAUCAAAAUGUGAAUGCUAAUAGUGGUCCAGCACAUAUGGAGACAAAACAUACAAGAGCCCCGUCUGAUUCAAGGAUGCCUCUAAAUGCAAUCGGAAAUAUUCCAGAACAGCGCAAUACCCAAAUGGUAACCUCUUCAAUUGAUGCCCACGGCUUAGCUUACAGCACUUUUAUCUCAGCAGACGAUAAUCGAGUUUUCACGGUAAUCGGCAAUUCGCUAGACCAUCAAGGUCAUGACCCGAGUACUCUGUUUAGUCCCAAUAAUGCUGACCCGAAUGCUGACCCGAAUGCUGACCUGACCUUAACUGGCAGAGAUGGGCACAACGUUUGGGAAAUUGGCGACCACAACAUGAAUGGUGAUGUGAAUUCAACAACAGUUCAUGGCAUGAUUCUAAACGGGUCAGUAAUCACGGCCAUGAAUGAUGGUAAUGAAAUAGAAAUGUCAGCUGCAGCACAAGUUUCAAGAGCGCCAGUUGAAAGCUGGAAUUCAACAUUAUUGGGGUUCGGACACAAGAAAGCCUUUGAGUACAAGAACUUAAAAGCACCAAGAGAAAGAAUACAGUUUAAUCCACCAGUGCCAGCGCCUCCUUCCCAAAGCAUGAUGGCAUCGCAAAUAUCGGCGUCCGCAGCACCGCCCAGAAACGCAGUCCAGACGUCUCAACGGGCAUAUCAGCAGACACAGAACAUAUCAACUGCACCGACAGUUCCCAUGACGUCAGCACCGGCAACGGGUAUAGCUAGACAACCGGAAGAAUUUAGGACGUCGCCACUGCAUCCAGGUUUCAUGGCGUCAUCAUCGGUAAUACGAAUGAUGCAACCACAGCCGACAACAUAUAUACCAACACCGAUAUACCCACAGUCGUCAGUGGUGCCACCAGCUGCCUCCUACAUGUCGCAGUCGUCAGUGGUGUCACCAGCUGCAUCCUACAUGUCGCAGUCGUCGCCCUUCGUUCCACAAGGUACGUUUUACAUGUCGCAAUCUUCGCCUUUUGUGCAACCAGGUACGUCCUAUAUGUCUCAUCCAGCUCCUUUCGUGACACCAGCUGAAAAUUGGAUGUCGACGCCUUCGGCAAUGCAAUUGUCAUCACGGGCAACAUACGUGCCUCAACAGUGGAUUCCGCAUAUGCCACCACCAUGGGCGAUGCGCAUGGCGUUACCAGCGGGAACUCACAUGCCGUCACUACUGGCAGCGCAUAGAGCGUCACCACAAACAACGCAAACGCAAGACCCAGAUACUUCAGCACCAUAUUAGAUAUGUCUAGAAUUAGCGACUAUAAGAUUUUCCUUGAAGAGCAAAUUUACACUGGAACUAUGGAAAACUGUCUUAAUGUAUUACAUACUACCCCUAGAAAAAUGGAAUCAGAAUUUAAGAUCACUAGCCGCAAACCCAAAAACUAAACCCUGAUAACAUUAGAGAACUUGUGAACUUAGCUACCAACCCAACAAUGUCAACACCAUGAAAACAAAGUAAGCAGCUCGUUCAAAACGAAAGUGACUACACUAGAGAUCUAAUGCCUACUCAAAUUCUUACAAAUAAAAUGAAAGCAAUGCACGGACAAUGGCUGUCCUUUGGGGACUGCAGUGACAAGUCGUUCUUGUAGAUAUGUUCAACUUCUGUGGACAACAACAACAUAAAAAAAAAGAAACAUUCUAAAAAUUCUUAUAUGUAUAUAUAUAUAUAUAUAUUAAUUAUAUUUUUCUUUUUAUAAUUAUCAAAUAUCUUUACAUAACUCGAAAAUUUUUACAAAGUUUUUAAGCUUCAAUUUUUAAGCUUCUAAAUAUUUUACAGGUCUUUUUUCUUUUUUAGUGUGAUCUAUUUAUACCCUCUAUUUAGAGUACAAUCAU